ACCGCCACCAAAUAAUCUUCAGUUUUCAGCUAAUUAAUCACAUUUUCGAAUACCCAAUUGAAAAAUUUCCGUUCUAGAGCUUAAAAAUGAUGUGUUUAAGGAGUGUUUCGGCCUUUUCGGCGGCGGCGAUGCUACAGGGUGAUGGUGGUGUUACUCCUGGUUCUUCUUCUGCUAAUUUAUUUCCGGGAAGGGGAAGAGCAAACGGCAGCGUUUUGGUUUCAGCUAAGGCUGAGAGUAAAUUGGAGGCGGUGAGUGGUGUGAUAUUCCAGCCAUUUGAAGAGGUUAAGAAGGAGGCUUUUAUGGUUCCUUUUGCUCCCCAUGUCUCUCUUGCUCGCCAGUUAUUCGAGGAUGAGUGUGAGGCUGCUAUAAACGAGCAAAUCAAUGUUGAGUACAACGCUUCGUAUGUGUACCAUGCUCUGUUUGCAUAUUUUGAUAGGGAUAACGUUGGCCUCAAAGGCUUAGCCAAAUUUUUUAAAGAGUCAAGUGAGGAAGAAAGACAGCAUGCUGAGAAGCUAAUGCAGUAUCAGAAUACCCGUGGAGGGCGAGUAAAGUUGCAUUCUAUCGUAUCGCCUCCUUCGGAGUUUGAUCAUGUCGAGAAAGGAGAUGCAUUAUAUGCUAUGGAACUAGCAUUGUCAUUAGAGAAGCUGACAAACGAGAAACUGUUAAACUUGCACAGCGUGGCAGAUAGAAACAACGAUCCACAAUUGGCAGAUUUCGUUGAGAGUGAAUUUUUAGGCGAACAGGUUGAAGACAUCAAAAAAGUAUCAGAAUAUGUCGCUCAGCUAAGAAGAGUCGGUAAAGGCCACGGAGUGUGGCACUUUGAUCAGACCCUACUCAAUUAGGGUGAUGCUGCAUGAUGAAGACUGCAACUUGUAUUUGUUCUUCGUUUCAACAUGUCCUUCUGCUGAUGAUAUCUAAGUUACUUCGAGCUUUCGUGUUAUAGAUAAGAACUUUUAUUGGUUGAUUUUCUAUAUUACAAUUAUAUAGAUGGUGUAGUUGUUUGGAUUCAAGAAUAAGAUGGAUCAAUUAGUCUGGAA